AUGCGAUGGCUGGGGGGCACCGUGCUGUGUGUGCUGCUGCUGGCGGCGGCGGUCCCCACGGCCCCCGCGCCAGCUCCGCCAGUGACCCCGGCUUCGUUCGAGCCCGGCCCGGCUCUCAGCUCCCCGCAGGAGGCGGCCACCCUCAACGAGCUGCUCCGCGAGGUUGAGGAACUGAUGGAGGGCACGCAGCACGAACUGCGCAGCGCGGGGCAGGAGGUGGAGGCAGAGGAGGCUGCUGCUAAAACGUCGUCAGAAGCGAGCCCGGCACGCUUACCUCCCGGCUAUCACAGUGAGACCGACACGGAAACCAAGGCUGGAAACAACACCAUCCACGUCCACCGAGAAAUUCACAAGGUCACCGACAACCACACUGGACAGAUGGUCUUUUCAGAGACGGUCAUUACGUCAAUGGGCGACGAAGAAGGCAAAAGGAGCCACGAGUGCAUCACUGAUGAGGACUGUGGGCCUGGCAGCUACUGCCAGAUUUCCAGCUUCCAGUACUCCUGCCAGCCGUGCCGGGACCAGCAGACACUCUGCACCCGGGACAGCGGGUGUGGUGGAGACCAGCUGUGCGUCUGGGGUCACUGCACCAAAACGGCCACCGAAGGCGGCAACGGGACCAUCUGUGACAACCAGAGGGACUGCCAGCCGGGGCUGUGCUGUGCCUUCCAGAGACGUCUGUUGUUUCCUGUGUGCACAACCCUGCCCGUGGAGGGUGAGCUCUGCCACGACCCCGCCAGCCGGCUUCUGGAUCUCAUCACCUGGGAGCUGGAGCCUGAUGGAGCUUUGGACCGACGCCCAUGUGCCAGUGGCCUCCUCUGCCAGCCUCAUAGCCACAGCCUGGUGUACGUGUGCAAGCCCACCUUCGUCGGGGGCCGCGAUGAGGACGGAGCGAACCUGGUGCCCAGAGACGUCCCCGACAAGUACGAAGACGGCGGCUUCAUCGAGGAGGUGCGCCGGGAGCUGGAGAACCUGGAGAGGAGCCUGUCGGUGGAAAUGGCUCUCAGGGAGCUCGGGGCCCCCUCGGAGCUGCUGGAGGGAGAGGAGAUUUAG